UCGCUACUACCCAGAGGAACAAGUUGACGCCCAAAUUGACGCAAAGCUAAAAAAUAUCCGAGAUUUGGAGCCCGACGACGGAAAGAAAAAUAAAAAUUUGUGAAGAUAUACAUAUUUCUGUCAUAAAAUUGUAUAUCAUAUACAACGGAAAAUUCAAAAUUUUUAAAGUUCGCAAUAUUUCGCACUAAUUUACCUUACACCCACCAAGAAAAUGCCUUCAAAAUGGACGCUGAAGGACAUACCAUCGCUUGCCGGGAAGAUCGCAGUGGUCACGGGGGCAACGUCCGGUAUCGGGUUUGAGGUGGCAGCUGCGCUUGCUGGUGCUGGCGCUCGUGUCAUCCUUGCGUCGAGGAAUGAGGCCAAAGCGCUUGUCGCCAUUGAUAAGAUCAAAGAUGACAACUCGGAAUCGCUCGUCACGUACAUUCCGUUGGAUUUGACCAGUUUGGAAAGCAUCGAGGAUUUCGCACAAGAUUUCGGGGACCAAUUCGACAAAUUGGACAUUCUGGUUAACAAUGCAGGCGUGAUGGCCAUUCCAGACCGGAAGUUGACAACGGACGGUAUCGAGCUACAGUUUGGGACGAACCAUCUCGGUCACUAUGCCCUCACAUGUCGCCUCCUCCAAUAUCUUGUCUCCACGACUGGGAUCUCGCGCGUCGUCACGGUCUCGAGCAGGGUCGCGCGCAGUGGGAAAAUUCAAUUUGACGAUCUCAUGGCGGAGAAGAAGAAGGCUUAUAAAGCUUACAGGGCCUACGCUCAGUCAAAAUUGGCGAAUUUGCUCUUCGCUUUCGAACUGCAAAGAAAGAGUGAUUCGAGAGGUUGGGGCCUCAUGUCCCUCGCUGCGCAUCCCGGAUUUGCAAAAACCGAUUUGAUGAAGAACGGUCCGGGUGAAUCUUGCUGUUUCCGGAUGGGAUGUUGCUCCUGUGUCUGCGGACAGAGUGCAAGUCGAGGCGCCUUGCCAAUCCUUUUCGCCGCAACGAGUGAUGACGCCUUACCUGGAGGGUAUUAUGGUCCGAAAGGGUGCAGUGAACUCAAGGGGAAGGUGGGAAAGGCUAAAGUUCCGAAAAGGGCAGCAAACCUGGGCGACGCGGACAAGUUGUGGGAAGUGAGCGCUGAGUUGACCAAGACGGCCUGGCCGACCGUCGGGAUCAACAUGGUCGGCAUGGAAGAUGAUGCCCGAGGGGGUGGCGAGCAUAUGGACAACAUCGAGUUGUAGGAACGGCCGGUGACAUCAGUGUGUGGUUCUAAAUUGAAAUUUAUGCUAAUUCUAAGGGACUCAAUCGAUUGUAUUAUUUUGCUCUAAAUUUUAAGUAGGAAAAAAGUGUGCAAUAAAAUCUUAAAAGUUCGGAAAUA